UUCUCCCUCCCCAUCUUUUCUCUCUUUGUUAUGUUAUGUUAUUUUGAGGCACAUUCGUGAGCUUCCUGUUAGACCGUUCGGACGUCGUACUAGCAGCUCUCAUCACCAUGACUGGCCGCGGCAAGGGAGGCAAGGGUCUUGGAAAGGGAGGCGCCAAGCGUCACCGUAAGGUUCUUCGUGAUAACAUCCAGGGAAUCACCAAGCCUGCUAUCCGUCGUCUAGCUCGCCGAGGUGGCGUCAAGCGCAUCUCUGGUCUCAUCUACGAGGAGACUCGUGGGGUGCUCAAGGUGUUCCUUGAGAACGUUAUCAGGGAUGCUGUCACCUAUACCGAGCACGCCAAGCGUAAGACCGUUACUGCCAUGGACGUUGUCUACGCCCUCAAGCGUCAGGGCCGUACCCUGUACGGAACAUUCGUGAGCUUCCUGUUAGACCGUUCGGACGUCGUACUAGCAGCUCUCAUCACCAUGACUGGCCGCGGCAAGGGAGGCAAGGGUCUUGGAAAGGGAGGCGCCAAGCGUCACCGUAAGGUUCUGCGUGAUAACAUCCAGGGAAUCACCAAGCCUGCUAUCCGUCGUCUAGCUCGCCGAGGUGGCGUCAAGCGCAUCUCUGGUCUCAUCUACGAGGAGACUCGUGGGGUGCUCAAGGUGUUCCUUGAGAACGUUAUCAGGGAUGCUGUCACCUAUACCGAGCACGCCAAGCGUAAGACCGUUACUGCCAUGGACGUUGUCUACGCCCUCAAGCGUCAGGGCCGUACCCUGUACGGAUUUGGUGGUUAAAUCGCUCCAUUAUUGAGAUGGUGCCAGCUAUUCAGCUUGCAUUAUCAUCAUUGAAUAA